AGUACAUCCACUUUGUUGAUGACGACGACAGCAGCGACGCUGCUGUGCUGCCGACGCAGCCAACACAUUUUCAACGUUUUUCUGUGUGCCUUUUGUGAACGUAUCUUUCGGUUUGCAAGAUUAUUUGUGAUUUUAGCAUGGUAGACUAAGGUACAACGUCGCUCGCACGCACGUUCGUUCGUUCGCUAGCUCGUUUCGUCGUAGUCUCGUCGUUGUUGAAGCAAGCAACCAAAAAUUUUUUGUGUAAAGCAUUACAGUUAGUAGCACGACACAUUAGCCUAGCUAGCUGUCAGUAAAAUAUGACAAUGCGCGUAUAUUCUGCAUUCCAAAAAACGCGGGUACGUGAUUGUUUCCACUAUAUUUUGCUACAUCAAAUAAAAAAUUAAAAUAUUUUGCCGAAAACAUAUUUGUUCAAAGGAAGUAGGCAACUAAAGUGUAGCAAAUGUGUAGAAAUACAAAAAUGCGCAAAGCAAAAAUUCGAGCAUUUGAAGGAUUUUUUGGAAAACUGUGAAUUGAAAAUUACAGCAGCAUUGAAGUUAAGUGUGUAGAAAAAGUUAACAUUUUGGAGAAGAAAUUCAAUGAAUUAUUCAGUACCUUAUCUGACUGUAGCAGCAGAGUUUUGAAAAAACUAAGUGAAGUAUAAGUUUGAAAACAUUGUUAAAGUGGAAAUUUUUACCGCUCGAGUAACAAAACCAGUGCAUGCAAACUAGCAAGCCAGUGAGAACAACGAACUUUGUAUGGAAUAUUAUUUGACUACCAGUAUUUAAGUAUUACCCUUAUUAACAAAAUAAACUAGUGCAAUUUGCUGUUAGUUCAGAAGACUUACCACUCGUUCUUAAUCGAAGGAAACAAAAAAAACGCGCUAUUCGCCAAUCAAUCAUAAAUUAAGGAGCAAACCAAAGUCAGGUGUAAAAAAAUAAGCAAUAAAUAAGCAGCAAAUCAGUUGCAUAGCCGAAAGAGCAACCGCAGCAGAAAUUUCUAUGUUAUUGUAGCAUCUCAAUAUUCACAACAAUCGGGUUUCCGCACACAGGUGUAAACAAAGCGGCAACAAGAAGCACACCGUCAGACAGAGCAAGCAAUUUGUGUAGCAAAUAAGCUCGCAAAACCACGCACAAAUGCAACAGCAGCAGCAACAGUAACAACAACAGCAGUAAGUGAAGCCGCCAAUAAACGAGUGUAAUAACAGUACGCGCCAUAAGUAGCCAUAAGCACACUUGUCAGCAGUGGAAGCAAACAGCAUAGUGAAAGAGGUCUGCAACUAGAACAAGAAGAAGUAGAAGUAGCAGCAGAUGUGUAAUGCAUUGACAACAAACAAAAAGUAAAUGCAAGCGCCACUAUAAUAAUGAGAAAUUGUCAAUAACAACAAUAACAAGAACAAUCAUCAAAACAUUAGUAGUGGACAAUUAAGACAACAUAACACAAAAGGAACAGAAAGUAUUAUUAAAAGAGUUAUACAAAAUCAAGAAAGAUAAAUAAAAACACUCUGUGGCAGCAAGAAGAAACCACAAAUCACUAAUUCUAAUUAACAAUUUAUGACUUCUUGUGAACAAGAAAAUAGUAAGCAACAGGAAGCAAAGUCAGAAGCCAUAGCAUCAGAAGCAACAGGAGUGCAGGCAUCCAGUAACUAACUUAAGGAGCAGUGGCAUAGAAAUUUUCGUUAUUUGCCAAACAAUAAUGUGCACUGAGAUCAAUUCAGCAAUGGGUCUUCAAGCUACUGCCGCCACCAAGCGGAAACAUGAGAUAACCUUCGAUGGCAAACAGGCCAACACAUAUACCAACAGUCCGCCUCCCCUUAAAACAGGCAAAUGGUCAAUUAAUAAUAACAACUACAUCGAAGCCAUUGAGGAGCAGCAACAGCAACUAAAUGGCAUCAGUAUAAAAGAUGCAACCGCCAGCAUGCGAACCUUAACGAACGGCUCCUCAGACGCCCUAAAGGACACCACAGUGAUCAACAACAACGCAAAUGGCAACAUUAGUGGUAACGGGAGCAACAGCAGCAAUACGGGGAUCCUUAAUAGUAUUAGCAAUGGUAAAGAAGUUACUAAAACCGCUGACUCAAACACACCACACCCAGUGGUACCGUCAGCGACAGGCUUCACAACCUCGAGCUCUACAAGUUUGCCAUCAGUGGUCGCAUCGUUGUUGCCAAUGGCCAGAGAGAUAACCGCUACAACGCCAUUACCUCCCACUUCCACCACCCCCGUCCCAGAAGACAGUAUUGCAAAGUUGGAAGAGGUUGCUGCCGUACCCUGCUGUGAGCCAUGGACUAACUCAGCCACAGAACCUGUCGAUUGCAUUUCGAAACUGCAAGCUGUCGCAGUACCGAGUGACCCAUGGGGUAGUAUUGCGACACGCUCAACGUUAGCUACAACGCUACUGAGUGCCGACGAGUUGGACGAUGAUGAUGACGAUUUUGAAGAUGACUACGAGGAGGAGGAGAGUAUAAUACCUACUUACUGUCCCUUGCGAUAUCACUCCUUUCCGCCACCGCCUCCAACACCUACGUCCCCGCAUCAGCAACAGCGACUCGGCAGCUAUGCGCCUGCACCGCUUGGUUACGGCUCGCGGCCCAACUACUACUCAGAGCCAUACCCGCAGCAGAAUUGUUCGCGCACUGGUAGCCUGCAGCAUAUGCGCAUGCCUGGCGGUAAUGGUUUCACGCAAUGGCAGAGCGCCGUUGGAGGGCUGGCUAGUGGCGGCCAGCAAUUUUAUGUGGCGCCAGAGGCGGCCUACCCACCACCCCAGCAGCAGCCCCCGCAGCCACCACAACAGCAGCAAACAAUUCGCUGUGCCGAGAACGGAAAAUCGUAUCUGGAGCUGGGCUGCAGCAGUCCUGUGUCCAAUGUGAACAGCGUUAACACCGCAAGCGUCGUACCACCACCUCCCUUUGGCAAUUUACAUGUGGCCGCCGCUAAUCUCGAUGCGCGCCACCCACUCAAGCGCUGCUGUGAUGGUCGGGGUGCCUGGUGUAAUACAAACAAGAAUUGCUACAAGGAUCUGCGUCUGAAGAUACGAAAUCUUUCCAUGUUCAAGCUGUCGCGUUUUCGCCAGGUAUCCGAGCAGUCGCUCUACCGAUCGGUACUAAUAUGCAAUACCCUCAAGCGGAUCGAUCGCGAAAUCGAAACGGAAGCUAAGGAGAUGCAUCAAGCAGCAGCGCAGGCGGCCGCCGCCCAGCAGCAUCACUACCAUCAGCAUCUGCAUCCACCGCAUCAUCUGCAGCAUCAUUUGGGUCCGCAGCAGCCGCCGCAACAAUUGCUAGUCCCACAGCAGCCGCACACAAUGCUGCAUCAACAGCACCAGGACUAUGCGCCGCCCGUUAUGAACUGCGCUCGCCUGUCUAACAUGGACUAUCAGGUGCAACACCAGCCGCCAUCGCUGCUGCAACAGCAGCCCACGCAACACUUUUCCCAGCAUGUGCCGCAAUACCAGAAUCAGCCCGAGCGACUCGACACGCCACCACCAUACUUGAGCGUACAACCGCAGCAGUUACAAAAGCUCGGCGGUGGCUUUGCGCUUAGCAAUAGUCUUACUAGUAUCAACAUGAACAACUGUGAUUCCCCAACAUUAUCGGCGACAUCUCCGCCCGCGACGCUGCAUCCUUAUGAUCACUACCCCUUCCGGGAAUCGCAGUCCGGUCGCGCUACGCCAUUUCCCUGUCAGCCAGCAAUGUCGCCCGCACCACCAUCACCAACACCAACGCAAACUGCGGCGCAAACGCAGCAGUCCGUAGUCGCAGAAACAUUAAUUGCACCCAGCACAGAAAAUGCGCCAACCAACAAUGUUGUUUCCACGGCGACGGCGACAAAUGUAUCUAGCAACGUACUCACAACGCCGCUUACAACCACAACAACGUCCGUCGUCAGUACCACCGACAGCAGUGACUCUGGCUACGCGGAUGACGAUUCCACACGCUCCAUCAACUGGAGUUCGGUGCUUAGUUUAUCUUCCCAGUCCGCGCUCGAUCCGCUCAACAGCAAUGACCUCUUCGCCAUUUUGCCGCCUGCAUUGUCGAUAACCAACCCAGCCACCGCCACGCCAGUGCCUGUCACAGCAGCGACAAGCGUCAGCGUAGCGGACAUCACAGCCCAACCGCCUGCAGUCACAAUCAGCGGCAGCUUCACCACCGUGCAAUCAACAACCGCCUCGAGUACGAGCGCCAGCGCUUCAGCUCCUAGCAACAGCAACAACAUCGCUGCAUUCAACACAUGUACCUCUUCCUCGACAGCCACUUUCACAACGCUCUCAACCAUCUCAUCGGCGACGCAUUCGCUCACCUCUUCUUAUGUGAGUAGUAUGAGCGCCAAUGCGGCAGCUGCAUCAGCUUCUUCCACAUGGGAAUAUGGAUUCCUCGACAUGGAAUUUGGUUUGGGUUCUGAAUUUACCGAACUGGUGCCCAGCUGCAAGUUAAGCUCAGAUGAACUCUUCAAAAGCAGCCUAACGCCUGUGGUGGCAGCGUCGCGUUAUUCCUCCAUGCACGACAAUGAGCUAGAACAACCCGCGCACAUUAUGGUCGGCAGUUAGUAUCAAUUGUAAGGCAAUGGUACAAUGCAGGAGACGUGGUGCCACGCGCUGUUCUACUCUGACGGCGUGCGGUACUGCAAUGCUAAUAGGUGGCCUUGCUGGUGUUUGUGACUGCUAAUAGCGCAAGGUGCUUGGCACAGUUGGAGCGCAUGGGAGAGAUGGUGGAAGCAGCCGCACUGACGCUGAUCCAACUAAGGCAGCACAGCAAGCAGAGAAAACACAACAGCCAAUUAAAUGUUAUACUAUUUUUAUGAAAGUUCCAUGUUGGAAUAAAAAAGGCAGUCAUAGGACGGUUCGUCUGCAAAUUGUUAUUGUAAAACAGUAUGCCCUUUGUAUUAUACAAUUUAGUUGCAACUAAAUAAGUUCUCUUAAGUGUUAAAUGCUCAGGUUGUGAACUUUACGUUUCGAAAGCCCUUGGAAAUUGUGUGUUCAGCAAGUGGAGAGCCAGAAAUAAAGCAUGCUGGGCUGCGUAAUUCGUAAGAAAUUUAUUCGAAGUUCUUUUCUACCUUAACGCGUACUUGCGCAUGAAUUAAUGGUCCUGAAGCGUAAAAACGUA